AUGAAAAAAAAAUAGGUAAAUAACAACGAUAGAGAGUCUUAAUUGAUUAAGUUUAAAAAAGAAAAAGCAGAGCUUAUUGCUGCAAUUACAGAGAUUUUAAAAAAUAUUUUUGAGAAUUUUGAUUUAAAAUUUAAUGCCAAAUUCCUGAUUACAAAAUAUUUUUAAAUUUUCUAAGUUCAUAAUGAACAUCGCUUUAUGGGAUUAACAUUAAUUGAAGAAGAUGAAAUAAACUAAUAUUUACAAUAAAUCCCACUUAGUACUUUAUUUCCAUAAAGAAUUUGGGAUUUAUCAUUUACAUGUAAAAUAUCUUAAUAAAUUAGAAUAAUUUCUAUAAAAAUUACAAACUCUAAAAGAAGAUGAUUUAAUAAAAAUAUUUACAUUAAUUAAAGCUUUAGUUUAAGGAAGGAUCAUUUAAGAAAAUAAUUUAUCGAUUAGAUUAUCUCCUCUUUAAGUGGGAAGUAUAUAAUUUCCAUUUUAAUAUGAUUACUAGAUUAUUUUUGAACUUGAAAAUCGAAUUACAAUUUUAUUUUAAAUAUUUCCUAAGAAAUAUCCUAUUAUGAAUAGUUCAUAACAUCCAAUUUAAUUUGAUUAUGUUCAUGAGAUGAUUUUUGUUGAUUUUAAUCAGAAAGAAUUUUAUAAAAAUCAAUUAUAAUAUGAAAAUUAUCUCAAAAUUCAAUAAAGCACACCAAAUUUUUUUAGUGAUAUGAAAUUUAUAUAAGAAUGUAGUUUUGAUAAAAAAAAGGUUAAAUACUUAAGGAUUGGUGAAUGGACAGAUAAUUUUAACUUGUUAGUAGGACCACGAAUAUUUAAACCAUUAAUUUGUUAAGAAAAUAAAUUUAUCUACAACAAAAAAUUAAAUUUAUGGAUGACAUAAGAAGAUGAAGAAAAAUAUUAUAAAAAAUUAUAAUAAUAUGAAGAAAUACGAUCAAAUAAUUAUGCAAUCUAAAGAUAUUGUAAUUUACCAUCUUCAUAAUAAUUAUUAACUAUAAUAAAGAACAUUCCAAAUUUUAAAGUGAAACUAACUUAAGAGUAAUAAGAUAUUAUUUCAUAUAAUGGAGAUGCUUUAGUGAUUGGUAGAAGUGGAACAGGCAAAACUACAUGUGCAUUAUUAAAAUUAUUUUCAACAGAUAUUUUGUAUAAAUUAAGAAUCAAAUUAAAUUAAAUAAAAAAUUAAACUUCUGAUAUUUAAUUAUCUUAAUAAGAUUAAAAUACAUAAUUAAAAACAAUAUUUGUAACAGCAAGUCCAUUAUUAGCUUGUUAAGUUAAAAGAUUAUAUGAUUAAUUAGUAAAUAAUAUUUAAGAUGCUAUUAAUAAAAAAAGAUAAAAAUAAAAAAAGGAUUGCUAUGAUUAAUCUUAAAAUAUAGAUUUAGAAUAGAGUACUUUUUAAAUAAUUGAGGCAUUAUAAUAAAAUGAGGAAGAUAUAAAUAAUAAUAAUUAAUAAGGAUUUUAGAAUGAAAAUGAAAUAGAUGAUGAAGAAAUAAAUGAAUUUGAAAAAGAAAUGGGUAAGUUUAAUAAAUUUAGUGAAAUUUAACAAUUUCCUGUUUUCUUAACUUUAAGAAAAUUAUUGGCACUAAUUGAUUCUUCACUUCUCAAUUCUUUUUUUAAAGUUCAUGGAGGAUAUUAAAAUAAGUUAUCUUAAUGGCAUAAUGAAUCAUUAGGUCUUAUGAAAUUAGAUUAAAAUUAAACUUCUCAAACAUUUAAUGAAGAACUACUUCAUAAACAUAUAAGUUUAAUAGACAAUCAAGAAUUCAUUGAAACAAAUUUGCAAGAAGUAACUCUAGAAGUUUUUGAAAGAGUAUUUUGGCCUAAAAUUAUUAAAGAUUUAAAAUAAGAAAAUUUAGAUAUAUCUACUUUUGAUCCUACUUUAGUAUGGAGUGAAAUUUGUACAAAAAUCAAAGGUCAUGAGACUUCACAUGAAUAUCCUCAAAAAUAUAUGAAUUUAGAGAAUUAUUCUUAUUAUUAUAGAGUUUUAUCAUAAGUAUAAACGAAUUUACUUUAUAAGGCAUUUGAAGCCUAUGAAAAAUUAAAAAAAAUGUAUAAUUAUUAUGAUUUAUUGGAUAUUGUUAAUCAUAUUAAUUAUGAAUUAAGUUAAGGUAAUGAUGUAAUUGAAUGUGCUCAUUAUUUAAUGUUAGAUGAACUUUAAGAUGUACCAAGAGCUGUUCUAGUACUUUUAGAUAGAAUGGCAGAAUUUGGAUUAUUUUGUUGUGGUGACAAUGCUUAAAAUAUUGCUAAGGGAAUAGGAUUUAAAUUUUUUGAAGUUUAAAAUUGUUUAUUAAGUUAUAGAGGUAAUCAAAGAAAAAGAAAAUCAAAUUUAAAAUUGUUUGAUCUUAAUAUUAAUUUUAGAUCACAUAAUUAAAUUUUAUAAUUAGCCAAUUCUGUUAUAAGAGUUUUAGAAAUUUGUUUUCCAUAUAAAAUUGAUAGAUUAAAAAAGGAAACAUCUGAUUUAACUGGACCAAAGCCAAUUAUUUUAUAAAUAGAAGACUCUUAAGAUUUAUUGUCAUAUAUUUAAGAAUUUUUUAUAAAUGAAAGAAAAGCUGUUGAAUUUGGAUGUAAUUAAGCUAUUAUUGUAAAGGAUUAAGAAUCUAAAGGUAAAUUACCUUAAGAAUUAUAAAAUGCUUUGGUUCUUACAAUAUAUGAAGCUAAAGGUUUAGAAUUUGAUGAUGUAAUUUUAUAUAAUUUUUUUAAUGAUUGUACUACAUCUUUAGAAGAAUGGAGAUCUUUGAAUGAAUUAGAAGUUUAAUCAGUUUAUAUGUCUGAAGAAUAAUUUAAAAACUACUAAACAAGUAUUUUAUAUAUGUUUAUUUUAUAGUUCAUCAAACUGAUAUAAUAGCAGCAGAUUUAAAUAAUUAAAAUAAAUUGAUAGAAAUAAAAUAACUCAAAUAAAAUGAAUGGGUAGAAUAAAAAAAAUAAAAAGCUAAAUAAGAUUCAAAUUAAGAAUAUGUAUCUUUGUGUUAAGACUUAAAAUAAUUGUAUGUUGCUAUAACUAGACCAAAGAGAAGAUUAAUAAUAUUUGAUUAAUCAAUUUAAAAAAGAUUCAUAAUGCAAUAACUUUGGUAGAAAUUAGAUGUUGUUCAAAUUGUUUAGAAAAAGAAUAUUUAAAUUUCUGAAACUUAGUUUAUUCUUGAACAUUAAUUAGAUAAUAAAGCUAAUUGGAGAAAAUAGGGCUACAAGAUGUUUAGACUCAAUAAUUAUGAUUAGGCAGAAAAGUGCUUUAGAUUUUGUGGUGAUGAGUAAUUAGCAAAGAAGUCUAAGGCUUAUUUUAUGGCUACUUAAACUAACAUAUUUAAUGAGAAUUAUUCUAAUUAUGUUACAGCUGCACGUUUAUUUGAGGAAAUUAAUUUACCUUUAAGAGCAGCAUAAUGUUAUUUUUCAGGUAAAGAAUAUUCUAAAGCUUAUGAAUUAUACAAAUUGACUGAUUGUAAAAGUGAAACUGCUGAAUCUGCAUAUUUUGCAGGCUAAUUUGAGGAGGCUGGUGAUUUAUUUUAUUAACUAAAUGAUAUUAGAAGAGCACUUGAUUGUUUUAAAAAUGGUAAAAAAUGGGAAAGAAUAUUCGAAUUAUUAAAUUAGCAUAAGAAAGAAUUUACAAUAGAUGAAAGAAUAGCUUUCUUAAAUAAAUAUUUUCCAAAUUUUCUUUAAGAAAUGACUGAUUAGAUUGAGCAAUAAGAAAAAGAUAUGGAAGAACUUAAUAUAAUUGAAGAGACAAGUCUCAUUUAAGAAGAUCAGAAUAAUUAAUCUCAAAGUUUUUAAAUUUAGAAUUCAUUGAUAAAUGAAUCAAAAUAAUCUUAAGUAGAAUAUGUCCAAGAAAAUAUUGAAACAUCUAAAGCAAAUAUUUUAUAAUAAUAAAUUAUUGAGGUAGAUGAUUCAUAAUCUUUUUGUGUUUAAAAUGAAGAAUCCUUUGAUCAUCUUUCAAUAUUUGACCCAGAAGAUGAAUGGUUGAAAAACAAUAAUAAAUCAUUAAUUAAAUCUAUUGCUACUUCAAGUGUUGAAUCACAAUUUUCAAAUGUUCUCUUGUUGAAUUAACCUUCAAAUGUUUCACUCUUAAAAUCUAGAUCUAAUAUUUUCAUCAAGAAUAAUAUUUUACAAUAGUUAAUUUAACAAUUUUAAUAUUUUUCUACUGAAUUUAAGAAUCAUAUAGAAAAAUAAAAACAUAAAUCUACAUUAUUGUCUAAUAGAACAGGUGAAGAGAAAGAAUUUGAUUAUAUGAUCAACUUCUUAUAUGAUUUAGAUAGUAUAGAUAUUGAUACUAUCUAUUUAAUAUUAGAUCUAUUAGAAUAAUUUAAAAGUUAUAAAUUAUGCAUUUACGUUUGCAACUAAUUCAAAUUGGCUUAGCAUAUAGGUAGAUAUUUAGUUUCUUUGGCUUCACUCUAUACUCCAUUAACAAGGAGUUCUUUGAGAAAUAACUAUUAGAUUAUUGCUAAUAAGUUAUGUAGAAAAUAAAUAUUAGAAUAGGCAGCUGUUUCCUAGGUAGCUAUUAAUAAUAUAUUGGAAUCUAUAAAUCCUAUAUUCUUAUAAUUUAAAUUUGAUGAACAACUUAAUUCAUCAAAUAGUUUUGGAAUUACAUGUUAUAAAGAAUUAAUAGGUUUAGGAUAUUGGAAGACUGUCAUUUAUUAAUUAAAUUAUGAACAUGCAUUAAAUUUAUGCAAAUCAUUUAAUAGUUAUACUGAUAUUAUUAAUAUUAUAUAAAAAGUUAAAGAAAAUAGAAAGCUUAAUGAAUAGGAAGAAUUUAAUUAAAAUAAAUAUUAAUACUUUAUUAAUGUUUAAGAAGCACUCUAAUUACAAAAUUACAACUUUAAUCCAUUAUUUUAAAAUACUAUUAAUUAUUUCAAAAAUAAUUAAUAAUUAAAUCCCUAAAUCUUAAAAGAUAUUACUAUAAAUAGUUAAAUCAAGGGUUUAAAUUUAAACUAUACUUAAUAAUUGAAAUAAAUAGAAGUAAUAAUCCUAUCUCAUUUAAUUUUAAGAAAAAUGUCUUCUUUAGAGAAAUAUUUAAUCUAAGAUAUAACCUAAUUUAUUGAAAUUUAAAUUUACUUUUUAAAUCAAAUGUAAAAUUUUUGUUAAAAUUCAAAUAUAUUUGAUUCAUAUGGAUUUCUAUAUUAGUUCUCCAUACCUUAAGGAGAAAUUAUGGAUCACUAUUCUUAAUAUGCUCUAAUUUAUUUGACUUCUAACUUAAUUUCACAUUUACAUUAAGUGUCAAAAGAAAAAUAAAAAAAUAAUUAAGAAAUAUAAUAAUAAAUAAAAUUUAUUGAUAUUGGAUUUGAAUAUAUUUUAACUCCUUAUCAUACAGUUUUAAAAGCAACUCAUAAAUCCUUUAUUGAUAUGCUUUCUGUUCGAUUUUACAAAACUUCAGAACAAUUGCAGCACUAUUAUAUGAUCUAAAAUGAUUUACUAAUAAGAUUCACUCAAACUGUAUAUUUAGAAGAAACUUUACCAAUCUUUUAAGAAUUGUAUUAUUUAGAUAUCAAAUAAAAAAAUGUCUUAUCCUUAAUAUUUAAUCCUAAACAAUUAGCUAUUAAAUAAUUUAAAAGUUUUAUCAAUUAACCUAAUAGAAAUAAGGAAAUUGAUUAACAUUAAUCUUCAAUUCUAAAUUAAAUUAAAUAGAUUCAUUAAUUAGACUUUUUCAAGAUAUUAAUAAAAACAAAUAUAAGAAAUUAAAAUUUACCUUCUUAUUUUAAGGAAUUGCUGAAAAUUGAAAGUAUUUCUCUUUUUUAAAAGUCUAAAGAAAAUAUAUGUCAUAGUAAAAUUGUUUUAGCAAUAAAUUUAUUAAACUAUAUAAAUGAAUUACCUUUAGCUAUUUUUAGUAUUUAAUAAAUGAAGAAAUCAAAGUUGAUAAAUUCUUAUUUAAAAUAUAUUGAAUUCUUAGAAUGUUAAGAAUACAAUAUUACUGAAGAUCUAUUUGGUUGCUUUGCUGAAUUUAGUGCAGAUUUUCAGAAUCAAUUAUAUUUAGAUGAAUGGUUAUACCACUUAAUUAGAGUAGGAUUAACAAUUCUAAUUUCAAUUUUAGAAGAGUAGAAUUAAUAAAUUUGGAUACCUUGCAUAUUUAUUGAAUUUAUAAAAGGAAUAUAAGGUAACUAAAUAUAAGCUCCAAUAUUUAAGAUUUAAAAUCGUGAAAUUAUUGUAGAGUAUUUAGACAUUUUAGGAUUGUUUCUAGAUACUUGCAAUUCUGAACAUUAUGAAUUUUAUGGUAAUAUAUUACUUUUACUUUUCAUAAUUAAUUUACCUAAUUUAACAACAGAAAUAAUCAAUUAAAUAUCUAAAAUAAUAGAAUUUGACUCUAAAUAUUAAUUUUAUAAAAAACUCAAACUAAUUUUAGUGAAAGAUCUAAAAGCUAGAUAAAACGAAUACAUUAAAAAAGAUAAAUCCAUAUUUAUAAAUCAAUAUGUAGAUUUAUAAAUAAUCCAUCUAGAUAUAAUAAAUUCAAAAAAUUAAAAUGAACUUUAACAAAUUUAUAACUCAUGUUUAGAAAAUUGGGAAAAUUACUUAAAAAAAUCUGAAUCCAUAAAAAAGAAUGGAGAAUAAUUAGUCAUAAAAUGGUUAAAAUAUAAAAAAAUUAUAGCUUAAACUAGAUCUUAAAAUAAGAUUUAACAUGAAUUUCAAUCAUAGCUUUGGAUUGUAAAAUUUUAGCAAUAUUAUUAAAUGAAACUUAUAGACCUUUACAAGUAUUUGAAUAAAAAAGAAAUUUUAUUUGUAAAUAAUCUGAAAGAAGCCUUUGCUAUUUAAGAGUAAGAUUUAUUUUUAUCUUAGGAAUAUCUUAAACCAGAGACAUGAAGUUGUUAAUUCUAUAGAUCUACAUUUUUGUAAUUUAUUAUUAGAAUAACUUUCUUAAUUAAUAAUCUAGAUUUCUUAAGGCAUUAAUGUAAGCCAAUAAUUAACAAAUUUAUCUAAUAAACUAACUUUUUGGAAACAAAAUAUUUAUUAAUCUUAAGCUUAAGAGGAUGACCUCUUGGCUAGGAAUAAAGAAUUAUUAGCAAUUAAAUGGAAAAAUUUAAAGUCAGGAAUAAAAUUAAAAAAAAGAAUUAAUUAAAAAACUGAAAUGUAAUCAAUCAAAGAAGAAGAGGAAUUAGAAUAAUAACAAUGA